AUCAACCAAAUAAGUGACUGUUCGAAGCACGGACGCUAUUGCACGGUCACGAGGUGCCAGAAAUUGACUUUCAUGGGAGGAAUUUUUUUUAAUUCUUGUAUUAUGUUUCAGUAGGGUCUAAAAUACCCGCCACACCCACAUGUUUUUUUCCGAACGUUAUGAGUUUCUUGAUAUGCAACAGCAACAGUGCGUUGGAUAAUUUUUGGUGAUAUAAGUUCCUGCAUGGGGGUAUGGUAAAGAGUCACAGCGAAAUGGAUAAUUCAAAUAAUGAGGUACCAAACAAUAAUGUCAAGCUCCUAGCAUAUCAGCGUGCCAACACUAAGGAAGCAACACCUCCUUUGGCUACCGAAGAACCACCACCAACUCCGCCUCCACCAUUACCCCCUCCACCUCUAUCUCUCUGUCCACCACCAAGACCUACUGAGACGCGCCCUUUAACAAAUACUUCAUUGCCAGAAGACAGUUCUCAUGAAGAACCCAGUGAAAAUGCUACUUUAAAUACAAAGAGCAAUGAUGACACUUUACUUGUCAAGGACAGUACAAGGCCCAAGCCUGUAAGAGGUACAACGCACUUAAUCAGCGGCCUUUACGCCAAACUUCUUGUAGCAGCUACAGCAAUCCUAGUCACAACUGAAGUUCUACCAAAUAGUGUGCCAUUGUUUUUCUACCAUGGCUAUUUAUUCACAUUCCUCAUUGGAGCUGCGAUACUAUGUAUAUUAUGUAUCUACAUGAGUCUCGUACUCCAGAAAUGUCCGGGACUUGAGGAACUAGAGGAAUUAGACCAGUCUACACCUGAAACUGAAUCAGUUUUGAGAAGAAAAGCAUAUUCUGUGCCAGAGAUUAGCAUAUUCUUCAGAGUGGGUGCUCUGGUAUUUGGACUAGGCACUCUGAUAGCCAUUGGACUGGAAACUGCCACAUUAUUUACAAUGGAAAAACCUUGUGUGGACAAGUUGAAUUUUAUUCAACCAAUUAUACAUGCACUCUUCACUUUCAUGCAAAUGCAUUUCCUGUCACUCAAUUCUCAGAAAGCUAUUCAAAACUUAGGUUGGUGCCGACACAUUGUUUUGAUGCAUUUAGUAGCAGCAAAUAUAGCUGUAUGGUUGCGUUUAAUUGUUUGGGAGACAGCUAAAAGCUGGCUUGAUGAAAUUCAUACCAAUAUUAAUUCUACUGACCGUUUCCCACCAGAUGGCAUCAACAUGACAGCCCAUGCUCUCUUCUCAGAUGGAAGACAUGAAGUCUAUGUAUCUUCCAGUUGUGUAUGGUUAGAACAAGAACAGAAGGUAGAAGAUAUUCUCGCUCUUCGACAGUGCUACCAGAACACGACUAUGGGCAUUAUCUGGGAUAAAGCACAGCCUUUCAUAAUACCUUUCAUUGUUCAAUAUUGUCUUAUUGGUGCCGCAGUUAAUUACAUCUUGUGGGAAAGCUUCAACCAUCGUCGUCGAAGAAUCACACGAAGAUCAAAUUCUUGGUCUCCUCGUCGACAAGAAUUGGAGUCAGUUGUUACACAAAAGCAGACAAGAAAAGUUGAUUGCAAAGGUUCCAGUAAAGGUCUGUUUUUAGGUUUGCUUGUGCUGGCCGUAGGCAUUGUUGUUCUCAUUCUCUUUUUUGUUCUUACUAAUAACCAGAAUCUCAAAGAGGAGACACUUUUCAUUAUGAUCACUGUCCAUUGUGCCAUUUUAGGCUUAUCUUUCUUAGGAAUACUCCUUGGAAUAUGCCGUGUUAGCUGCAUGUGUACUGAUUAUAGCCGAAGGCAGAACCUUCAUAUUGUUCUACAGAAUAUAGGAGUUUUUGCUGUAUAUGUGCAUGGUAUCUGUUCUCUUGUGGUAGGUGCCACUCAUAUAAGCAAUCCAAGAUUUUUAGCUGUAUUCGUUGAUGGAGCCCUGAUGAUUAUUCAGUCUCUUGCACAAUCAAUUUUCUUCCACAAAGUUGGUCAAAAAUGCUGCUCUGCAAAAUGCAAACAUGAGGGUUCCAGACCAGGAAGGCAAAUUGUCACUUUCCUUGCAUUCACUAAUCUUGUUCUGUGGAUUACUGAAUCAUUCACUGAUCACAAUCAUGUUUCAAGUCAACUUCAGCUACAGUUUUUUGGUCUUAUUCCCUGGGGUUUAAUUUCUAGACUCUUGUUGCCUUUGGUCAUGUUUUAUCGAUUCCAUUCUUCUGUGUAUCUGAUGGAAACAUGGAAAUCCGGUUACAGCAUGGAGAGUUAACUCUGUGCACGAGGAUAAUCCAGCGAUGUGAUUUAUCAAUAAGACAUUUCAAAUACGUAUUGUGCAUAAAACUGCAUUUAUCUGUUUUGCAAAAACUGUCUUUCUAAUGCAUUGUGAGAGACAAUGGAAGGUUCUAUAUAAAGAGAUAUAUUUGAUAUGUACAUACAAGAAAUAAAUGAAGUAAAGAGCUAAAAUUUAAAAAAUUUGAAUAUCAACUAGCUAUUAAGUAACUGUGCGAGCUUUGUGCGGGAAAAAAUCCAUUAGAAUUAUAAACAAAUAUCUUUUAUAUAUGCAUAUAAUUUUUCUUUUUUUACACAUGUGUAUAGUAAGUAAAUUGCAACUAAUAUUUCCAUUUUUCAGUAAUUACGUUUUACACAUACUAUCUUAAGAAUGUGUAAUUUUAAGGAAAGGAGAGAAAUAGCUCAAAUUUUAAAGUUUUUUUCCUUUGUACAAGCUCUAAAAAAGUACACCAUUCUAAAAUGUCAUUUAGUUACCAUAUUUUAUUUACUCAUUUCGCUUUUUUAUAUUUUUAGACGAAAAUAAUGCAGGCAUUGUUUUGGAUUAUGUUUUACUUGCAAUCAAUGGACUAGAAAACUAUUGAUAAUUGCACUAAUUGAAAAUUAAUUAAUUAUUUAUGAAUUCAAAGACAUUAGACUGUAAUGUUAGCUGUUCAUACUUUUUCUAACUAUAUUUUGUGACGUAAAGCCCUUUAUUAAAUGAAACUGCUUGAACUGAAGGAAUUUCGGUUAGUGUUUUGUCACUUGGAACUAGGUGUAUUCCAGAAAUGUACGACCACGGGACCAAAGUACGAAUGAUAUUUUUAUUAUGCAUAUUGAUGUUUUCUCUGUAGAUUGUUUUCAUUAUGCCAAGUUGUAAAUGCAAGAAUCUCAUUUUAACAUUUUAUUCCAAAUUUGUUUAAUGUAAAUCUAUUAUCAUGUAUUCAAAUAAGUAUUAAAGUCGUUUAUUUAACUAAUAUAUUGAUGGUUUUACUGAACAAAUGUAAAUUAUGUAACGUGUUAAUUCAUUUAGUUAAUAAAGUUUAUGUUUUAAAGAAAGUGAA